AUGUCUGACGCAACUCCCGCAUCCACCAAGAAGACCGUCAAGGGAUGGACUGACGUUGAGAAGCUCGGACUACUCUUCCAGAUCAUUGAGAAGGCAGGCACCAUUCCCUGGGCCGAGCUCGAUCUUCCAGAGGGUCGCACUCAGAAGGCAUGCUCGGUCAUGGUGGAUAAGGAGAAGGCAAAGCUUCGCAAGGCCAAGGAAGGCGGAGACGAGGACGGAGCGACCACUGCAACUCCAGCGACUCCAGCCACUGGCGGCAAGGGCAAGGUACCUUCAUUCAACCUCUCCAAGGAGAUUGGCAAGUUGGCUGAUUCGCUGCUGCUUCAGAAACGCGCGACUGCGCUCGAUGAGGACGAUACGCCAGCUAAGAAGCCGAGAGCCACCCCUCGCAAGUCCAAGAAAGCCAUUCAAGCUGAAGAGGCUGCGGCGGCGGCUGCUGAAGCAGACGACGAUCAGGAGGAUCUCGUGAAGGCUGAGGUCUUUGAGUAG